AUGGCUCUCAUUGAAAUUCGUGAAAUAAUGGCAGAACAACUUUCUAGCCAAACAACUGCUCUAGGAUUAGCUUUUCUAGUCCUUGUGUGGGUAUCAUACAGCUUGAAGAAGAAUUCUAAGUUGCCUCCAGGGCCAACCCCAUGGCCAAUAAUAGGAAACCUCCAUCACCUUGGCAGGCUUCCACACCGCAAUUUAUAUGAGCAGUCAAAAAAAUAUGGCCCUGUGAUGUUCUUGAGAUUUGGGUCUCUGCCCUGUGUGGUGGUCUCUUCUUCUGAGAUGGCCAAGGAGUUUUUGAAAACUCAUGAUUUAGUGUUUGCCAACAGACCUUGUUCUGCUGCUGGAGAACACAUUGCUUACAACUAUAAGAACUUGGGUAUGUCUUCUUAUGGUCCGUACUGGAGACACGUGAGGAAGAUAUGUGUGAUGGAAUUGCUGAGUGCGAAGCGAAUUUAG